GUGGCGCCUAUGGGGCGGGCUGCGGGAGGGCGGCGGGAGUUGGUGUUGGCGACCGUGACCACGGUCUCCUGGCGUUGCUGGGCCGGGGUGGGUGUGGGGGCCCCUGACACCACCGACUCCGCGCCAUUGCAAAGCUGCGCGCUCGGGCUCCACGGGCGCCCUGCGAGGUGGGCGCUGCGUUCUCGUUUCACGGGCGAGGAGGCUUGGGCAGAGAGACGAAGCCACUUGUCCAAGGUCAUGCAGCUGGUAAGUGGGAGCGCCCAGCAUGGAACCCAGGACCGCCCGGCCGCCGAGCCCGCGUUCCACCCUCCUUGCCGCUGCCGCCUCCUGCGAGAGGGGGAGGUGGUCGGGAGGGCGUAUCGACGGGGCAAGCUGGGCUCCAGGCUGGGCACGACCACUAACCCGAUCCGUGACCUCGGGCUUAACCCCUUUUCCUCUCUGGGCCUUGGUUUCUCCACCUGUGAAAUCGAGGUAGUGCCAGCCCUGCCUGCCACCUCGGAGGCGCGUAUGGAGCAUCAGAGGAGAUACGUAGUGCAUGUGGACUUGCUUUGUAAAUAUCCCUGUGCUGACUACACCGAAGGGUCUCCACCCAACUCCAUGCUUCGAGUCCUGCUCUCUGCCCAGGCCUCUGCUGCUCGGCUGUCUGGCCUGCUGCUGCUCCCGCCAGUACAGCCCUGCUGUCUGGGGCCCAGCAAGUGGGGGGACCGGCCUCCUGGAGGAGGCCUCCAUGCAGGCCCUGUGCAGGGGCUACAGCGGCUUCUGGAACAGGCGAGGAGCCCUGGGGAGCUGCUGCGUUGGCUGGGCCAGAACCCCACCAAGGUGCGCGCCCAUCACUACCCUGUGGCACUUCGUCGUCUGGGUCAGCUCUUGGGGUCCCAGCCACGACCCCCUCCCGUGGAGCAGGCCACACUGCAGGACUUGAGUCAACUCAUCAUCCGAAACUGCCCCUCCUUUGAUCCUCACACCGUCCACGUGUGUCUGCACCUUGCAGUCUUACUUGGCUUCCCGUCAGAUGGGCCCCUGAUGUGUGCCCUGGAGCAGGAGAGAAGGUUCCGCCUCCCUCCGAAGCCACCUCCCACUCUGCAACCCGACCUGUGCGGCGGGCAAAGAUUGGAAGCUGCUCUGAGCUGCCCUCGUCUCCUGAGGCGUCCCCGACAGCAUCUCAUCCGCAGCCUGGCAGAGGCCAGGCCGGAGGAACUGACUCCCAACGUGAUGGUGCUCCUGGCCCAGCACCUGGCCCGGCACCGGUUGCGGGAGCCCCAGCUUCUGGAGGCCAUUGCCCACUUCCUGGUGGUCCAGGAAGCCCAGCUCAGCAGCAAGGUGGUGCAGAAGUUGGUCCUGCCCUUUGGGCGGCUGAACUACUUGCCCCUGGAACAGCAGUUUAUGCCUUGCCUUGAGAGGAUCCUGGCUCGGGAAGCAGGGGUGGCUCCCCUGGCUACUGUCAACAUCUUGAUGUCACUGUGCCAGCUGCGGUGCCUGCCCCUCAGGGCUCUGCACUUUGUCUUUUCCCCAAGUUUCAUCAACCACAUCAGCGGUGCGCAGACGGGAAGGCUGGCUGGGACCCUGGCGGCCAGUGGGCAGGACACGGCCGUGGAGCUGGAGCUUCCGGGAUACCGGGGUCCCCGCCUUCCCCGAAGGCAGCAAGUGCCCAUCUUCCCCCAGCCACUCAUCACUGACCGUGCCCGCUGCAAGUACAGUCACAAGGAUAUAGUGGCAGAGGGGCUGCGCCAGCUGCUAGGGGAAGAGAAGUACCGACAGGACCUGACCGUGCCUCCAGGCUACUGCACAGACUUCCUGCUGUGUGUCAGCAGCUCUGGUGCUGUGCUUCCCGUGAGGACCCAGGACCCCUUCCUACCCUACCCUCCCAGGUCCUGUGCCCAGGGCCAGGCUGCCUCCCAGUCCACUACCCACGACCCUGCCCAGAGGGUGGUGCUCAUGCUGCGGGAACGUUGGCAUUUCUGCCGCGACGGCCGAGUGCUGCUGGGCUCCCGGGCCCUACGGGAGCGGCACCUGGGCCUGCUGGGCUACCAGCUCCUGCCGCUACCCUUCGAGGAACUGGAGUCACAGAGAGGCCUGCCCCAGCUCAAGAGCUACCUGAGGCAGAAGCUCCAGGCCUUGGGCCUCCGCUGGGGGCCUGAAGGGGGGUGAGGGGCAUGCACAUGGGUCUCAGGAUGACCCCCCCCAAUAGGGGGGUGGACAAUUUGCACUUUGGCUUUCUAUAUUUUGGUUUCUCAUUAAAGUCCCUUUCCUUCCCCA